AGGUGCCCUGGGCGGGGCCUGCCUGGACGCCCCGCGCCUGCGUGAUGUCUCUUGGCAGGGCGCAACGGCCGGCUCCCAGCCCUGCUUCGCCGCAGCGGCGUGAGCCCUCCGGCCCUCCGUAGCCGCUCGGCCGUUGCGCCGCACCAGCUUCCUACUCGGCGUUCCCACGCCUAUUCGGGUGGCUUCUCGGCGCCCGAGGAAGAGGCAGGCUCACCCUUUCUCCACGUCAGAGACCUGACUGUGGCGAUGGCGGCUCAGAAGAUAAACGAAGGGCUGGAGCACCUCGCCAAAGCAGAGAAAUACCUGAAAACUGGUUUUUUGAAAUGGAAGCCAGAUUAUGACAGUGCCGCUUCUGAAUAUGGAAAAGCAGCUGUUGCUUUUAAAAAUGCCAAACAGUUUGAGCAAGCAAAAGAUGCCUGCCUGAGGGAAGCUGUUGCCCAUGAAAAUAAUAGGGCUCUUUUUCAUGCUGCCAAAGCUUAUGAGCAAGCUGGAAUGAUGUUGAAGGAGAUGCAGAAACUACCAGAAGCUGUUCAGCUAAUUGAGAAAGCCAGCAUGAUGUAUCUAGAAAAUGGCACCCCAGAUACAGCAGCCAUGGCUUUGGAGCGAGCUGGAAAGCUUAUAGAAAAUGUUGAUCCAGAAAAGGCUGUGCAGUUAUAUCAACAGACAGCUAAUGUGUUUGAAAAUGAGGAACGCUUACGACAGGCAGUUGAAUUAUUAGGAAAAGCCUCCAGACUACUAGUACGAGGACGUAGGUUUGAUGAGGCGGCACUCUCUAUUCAGAAAGAAAAAAAUAUUUAUAAGGAAAUUGAGAAUUACCCAACUUGUUAUAAGAAAACAAUUGCUCAAGUCUUAGUUCAUCUACACAGAAAUGACUAUGUAGCUGCAGAAAGAUGUGUCCGGGAGAGCUAUAGCAUCCCAGGGUUCAAUGGCAGUGAAGACUGUGCUGCGCUGGAACAGCUUCUUGAAGGUUAUGACCAGCAAGACCAAGAUCAAGUGUCAGAUGUCUGCAACUCACCACUUUUCAAAUACAUGGACAAUGAUUAUGCUAAGCUGGGCCUGAGUUUGGUGGUUCCAGGAGGGGGAAUCAAGAAGAAAUCACCUGCGACACCACAGGCCAAGCCUGAUGGCGUCACUGCCACAGCUGCUGAUGAAGAGGAAGACGAAUACUCAGGCGGACUAUGCUAGUAUUUUGCUUGCUGAAAAGAAAAGGAAAACAAAGGGAAAAUCCUGACAUGCCAUUUCAAGGACUUGGGUCUAGGUUAGGGAUAUCUGUACUUCAUUACAGUCGUGAUUUUGGUUACUAAUAAAAACUAGUUUUUAGUUACCAUCUUCCCAAAUCAGUCAUAUCCUUCAUCUGUGAAACAUAUCUUUUUCUUUCCAUAAGAGCUUUCUUAAGACACCAGCAGGAAUUAACGGAAAAUCUACUGUCAUGUUUUAAUACAGUUGAUUAAAAAACUUACAAGCCAAA